AUGUGCUGAAAAGAAUGCUUCAAGUUAGCAACCUGAGCCCACUUCUUACAGUGGAACAGCUGAGACAGCUUUUUAGUUUUUGUGGCAUUGUCGUCGAAUGUAGCAUCACUGAGUCGAAGCACUUUGCUUACGUAGAAUACUCAAAGCCGGAAGAAGCAACUGCUGCUCUUGCGUUGAACAGUUGUGAUGUUGGGGGCUGUCCUUUGAAUGUUGAGAUGGCAAAAGCCCUUCCUCCAAAACCUUCCAAUUUCGGUUCUAACUUGAACCAGUCUUCUUUGACUGCGAUGAUGCAGCAGACAGUUGCUCUGCAGCAGAUGCAAUUUCAGCAGUCUCUUCUUGUGCAACAAGCAGCAAUAAAUUCACAGCAGGCUGCCAAUCGAGCUGCAAUGAAGUCUGCAACUGAAAUUGCAGCAGCCAGAGCCGCAGAGAUAAGCAAGAAGUUGAAAGCCGAUGGUCCAGGCAUAGAAGAGAAGGAUACUAAACGAAAAUCCAGCAGGUCACCGUCCAGUUCUCGUCCAAGAUCGAAGUCCAGGUCAAGAUCACCCAUCAAAUACCGAUGCAGCCGAAAGUCCCGUUCCCCCUCUCCUCUGACCCACCAUUCAAGGGGUCGUAGAUCCAGAUCGCCCUUCAGAUCUCGACAUCGCACCAACUACAGUAGUGAGUGGAGGUCACUUAGAGAUAGCAGGGAUGUCAGAUCUGGAACAUGGGAAAGAGACAGAUUACAUGAUCGCUAUUCCUCUGUUUCAAGGAGGAACAGGAGUAGGAGUGUUAGUCCUCGAACAAGAAAAUCGUCUCGGGCUGGUUCAGUCUCUCCAAAGCGUCAUCAAGAAAGUUUAAGCCCCAGAGCGAGGAAAUCAUCUCGUGCUAGAUCAAGGUCACCAAGGCAUCACAGAGGAAGUCAGUCAUCCCCAAGACACAGCAAUGAAAACACCUCAAACCAAAGAAGACGCUCAAGAUCUAAAUCUCCUGGGGGCAGGUCCCAUGCGGAUGAUAGGAAAGAUAGUAGCAGAUAUGAGAAGUUGAAGCUUGAUGGAAAAAAGACAGAGAAAACCAAGGAUGCUAUGAAGGAAUCUGAUCUGAUAGUGAAGGAUUCAAGGGAGAUGAUGGGAGUUGGAACCUUAGAUUCAUCAGCACCAACUCAUGAAAACUCCUUGUUAUUGGAGGAUGGAGCUUUAAUAGAAGGAAGAGAUGGAAGUACACGUAAGAAGUCUAGGCAUGAUGAUAAACAUUCUGGGAAACCUGAGGCUGCAAUAAAGGAUCAGGAUUUUGAUGAGAACAGUUUGAUGGAUUUGAAUAAAGAUAAGAGCUCUGCAAGGUAUCCGGUUUUAAAAUCACAUGAGAAGAGUUCAACAUUUGUGGAUGAUAAGGCUCAUUCAAGUAUCAAGGAGUCGAGCAGAAAUGAAAAAUCAACUUCUGCACAAAGAAAGCAUAUAACCAACACAUCAAGGAAGGAGCGUGGUUCUUCUGACAGGGAAAGAACCCAUGCCCAUGGUGAGGAUUUGAGCAGGCAUGGAAAAUCAAAUUCAGCAUCUAGAAGACGUGAGAAAGAUGAUCCAGUUAGAAGGGAAAAAGAUUCUUCCCAUGAUGAUUCGAUAUGUACAAAGGAAGAUAGAAGAGCCAUGGAUUCUUGGAAGUCCAAAUACCACAAGCAUAGUUCAAGGCAUUCAGGGGAUAGUUCCUCUAGAGGUAUAAAGGAUCGACACAAAUCAGACAAAUCAAAGCUGCAGGAUCCUAAACUUGAGAGAUCUGCUUCUAAAAUGAAGGGAAUUACAUCGGUUAAUUUUGAUUUGUCUGAUGCUGCUAGUUCCCCUGAGCUGAAGACUCAUAUGUGUUUACCUGCGGUUAAAGAUGGAGCUUCUAGGGAUCCAGAAGAUCUUAGGAGGCAUGAUGAGUUGAUUAUGGAAGACAAGAAUUUGGAAAGAAAAUUUUUCAUCCCCCAUGAAGAAGGUUGUAUAGAUGGAAGUUUUGGGGAAAGAGGGGAAGAUGUUAAUGAUGCAUCUUGUUCUAAGUUCAAGACCCACACCGGAAGUCCAACAGGUGGUAUAGCUUAUAUGAACACAGGAGAUUUAAACAUGCUUGAACAGUUUAAGUUGGAGCAUGGAAAACUGAAUGAACAUAGUUCCCUAAAUGAUCAUGAUUUUACUGAUUCUGAAGUCACUGACUUGGUAGGUGAUGAGAAGCCUCACAAAAUAGAUUGCAUAUCGAAUGAACAAGAGUAUGCUGAUAAUGGGAUGAUUCCACUGUCUUCCAAGCAGGAGACUAGGAAGAGAAGAACAUUGGCACCAGAUGAACACACUAAUGAUGCAGCGAAUCUGAGGAAGGAUGAAAAGUCAAUGAUGGACUGUGAUGUGCACGAUAUAAUCGAGGACAGAGAAAGUACUGGUGAAGUGUCAUCUGAAGUCAAUUACAAUACAGAACCUGUUUAUUUCUUACCUAUCACCAAGGGACAAGAAUAUCUGCCAGAAGGUUCAGUGGAAGACUAUGAGACGUAUGGGGGCGUGGAUGGUAAAGGGGGACUUGCAAAGACAACCUCAGAGGAUGGAGAUAUUGGCAGGAACAACCACCAAGAUUACACUGGUGAUGAUUAAACAGAUCCAAUGGAUGCUGAGAAGCUGCAGAUUUCCUGUGUUGAAGAAUCAAAAGAGAAGUUCAACAUCUAAGGUUGAUAGGAUUAAUAGGGUUUUGUUGGAGUUCAGAAUUUGCAAGGCAAGCGAAAUUCUAACUGGACCGGUAUCAAUCUUUGAUUCUAGUGUUUCUUCUGCAGGAGAUGAAGUGUGGCGUUUAAGAUGGAUGCUUUAGUCGGCACUGAAGAGCACAUCAAGAUUCUUCAAGAAACACGUGACCUACUCUUGAGUUCUGGAGGAAUGGCCUUAUCCUUCCAGGAACAAGAGCAUUCUAUGGAUAAUUUUACCUUUCUGUACUAAGAAUUUGGUGUGACUUUUUGACUUUUCAUAAACAUUCUUGUGCAUCUUUUGCAGGUCUGAGGAAACUGCACGGAAGAGAGUGUAGGAGCAGACCUUGGUUUGGUCAAAGUGAUUCCAAGGAGUGCACUAUAUUCCAUGCAUCCAGGAUCUAUUGUGCAAUGUUUGUGACAAACUUAUUUUUCUGCUUAAUGUAUGUUGAAUUAUUAUCUCUAUCAUUAGGUAGUGGAGUUUUUAUCCAAGGGCUUACCUAAUUGAAAGGCUCUGGUUAAUCUCAGUUGAUGUAAAUCCCAUUAUGUUGGCUAGGAUUUACAUUUCAAUCGAUGCAGGAGCUGUCUGAUAUUAAUGAUUUUCGGUGGGAAGAUAUUGGUGGUUGAUGUUUGAGAAGGUGAACCUGCAGUGUAGGUUUGUUUUCCAGAAUGCAUUGCCAUAGUCGUUGGUUUACAUGAUAUGGCUUUUCUACUUUAUACUGUUGGUUUCUGUGUC